AUGGCCGUGGCCAUCAUCAUGCAGCACGUGGCCUGGAGCUUCGCGGAGGGCACCUUCGCGCGCGGCGACGUGGUGCUGAUGCUCCACUACACCUACAGCUCCGUCAAGAACUCUAUCCACGCGUACGUGGUCCGCGCAGGGGCCACCAUCAUUGAGGUGCUGCUCCCGUUCCCCAUAGCCUCGCCGGGCGCCGUUGUCGCCGAGUUCCGCGCCGCGCUCGCGCUCGCCAAGGCCGGGGGCCGCAGCGUCCGCCUCGCCGUCAUCGACCACAUCACCUCCAUGCCCAGCGUCCUCCUCCCCGUGAAGGAGCUCGUCACCAUCUGCCAUGAGGAGGGCGUGGACAAGGUCUUCGUCGAUGGUGCGCACGCCAUCGGCCUGGUGCCCAUCGACGUGCGCGACCUCGGCGCCGAAUUCUACACCAGCAACCUCCACAAGUGGUUCUUCUGCCCUUCCGCCGUGGCCUUCCUGCACAUCCGCAAGGAUGACCCUAUAGCCUCACAGCUCCACCACCCCAUUGUGUCUAGCGAGUACGGCAACGGGCUGCCCAUGGAGAGCGCCUGGAUUGGGGUGCGGGAUUACAGUGCCCAGCUCGUUGUGCCUGAUGCCAUUGACUUCAUGAGCCGGUUCGAGGGUGGCAUCGAGGGGAUAAGCAGACGGAACCAUGACAAGGUGAUCGAGAUGGGCACGAUGCUCGCCGAGGCAUGGGGGACGUUUCUUGGCUCGCCACCGGAAAUGUGCGGAAGCAUGGCUAUGGUGGGGCUGCCUGGUUCCCUUGGCAUUGAGAGCAAUGGUGAUGCGAUGAGAGUGAGGGACAUGCUGAGGAACGAAUUCAAGGUCGAGGUGCCAACAUUCCACAACUCAAGAAGCAUUGAAGAAGGACAAGAGAUGGCCAAGGAUGCCAAGGGCGAUCAAGUGACUGGGUAUGUGAGAAUCUCACAUCAGGUUUACAAUGUCAGGGAAGAGUAUGAGGCCCUAAGAGAUGCUAUCCAUAAGCUUGUUCUUGAUGGUUUCUCCUGCAGCAAGCUGAGACCUUCUGGGAAGGUUCUCUCUAACUGA